GUAGAAGGAGAGGCUCCAGCAGUCGCACAGUGAUGAUGUAAAAUGGAAAAUGGAGAGCAAACACAUGUCAGCUUUUGCUUUGUAUCAGACGUUUUCAACAGAUUUGGCUUUUCCUGCUAAGAAGCCUUCACUGCAGGUAGCAGCUAAGAAUAAAAAGAAAAGGGAGACCACGGUUGCAAGCAAGAAGGUCAACACAGCUAAAUUUCGCUUAAAGAAUGAAAAGAGCAAACUGCGAAAAAAGCUGAAGAUGGCACAAAGACAGGAGAACCUUAAGGCCAAUACAGAAGAGGAGGAAUGUGUAACCAGAGAUGGUGAAGCUCUAGAUGCUUUGCUCGCCGACCUGGCCAGAGUCAACAACAGCAGAGAGAGAGCAUUCAAACUGUUCCAGUGGCUCAUCAACCCCAUUCCUGCCAAAAGCUUCUUCAGGGACACUUGGGAAAAGAAGCCCAUUCUUGUUCAACAUAAGAAUCCAAAUUACUACAAGGGACUGUUCUCCACAGCAGAGUUUGAUCGCAUAUUAAGGGAGGAGGAAGUUCAGUACGGAGUGAACCUUGAUGUCACGAGCUACACUAAUGGCAAGAGGGAGACGCACAAUCCUCCAGGGAGAGCUCUGCCUCUCACUGUGUGGGCCUUCUAUGAGAGUGGUUGCUCCCUCCGCAUGCUGAAUCCCCAGGCUUUCUCCUCAACAGUGUGGAACGUGCUGUCCAUUCUUCAGGAGCAGUUUGGCAGCAUGGUAGGAGCCAAUGUAUACCUGACACCCCCUGGAACACAAGGCUUUGCUCCACAUUAUGACGACAUUGAGGCAUUUGUGGUCCAGCUGGAGGGGAAGAAAUGCUGGAGAGUGUACAACCCAAGGACAGAAGAUGAGAAUUUGCCUGUACUUUCAAGUCCGAACUUCGAUCAGGCAGACAUUGGGAGGCCGAUCCUGGAAGUGGUGCUAGAAGCCGGAGAUCUUCUCUACUUUCCACGAGGAUUCAUCCAUCAGGGUUACUGCCUCCCAGAGGCUCACUCCCUGCACAUCACCAUCUCCUCUUACCAGAAGAACAGCUGGGGGGAUUUGUUACAGAAGGUGGUUCCGGCAGCAUUAGAAAUAGCAAUGGAGGAGAAUGUGGAGUUCAGACAGGGAUUGCCUCUGGACUACCUGAUGUACAUGGGAGUACAGAAUUCUGACAAGGAUGACCCACGCAGGGCACAAUUCUUCUCACAAAUUGAGAGCUUGAUGAAGAAGCUAACAAAGUAUGCCCCAGUUGACGCUGCUGUGGAUCAGAAAGCCAGGGAUUUCCUGCAUGACUGCCUGCCUCCCAUGCUGACACCAGACGAGUUAGCCAGCAGUGUUCAAGGAGCACCUGCUAGGUGGGAGGACGGACAAGUUAUUGAUGUGGGUGCACACAUUAAUGCCCAAACCCAAGUAAGGGUCCUCCGUGCAGGGUGUGCCAGAUUAUGCAGUGACGGAGAAGCUGUUCACCUGUACUACACAACAGACAACUCCAGAAUCUACCACAAAGAGGAGCUCAAGAGUUUUGAAAUAAAACCAGAGCACACUGAUGCAAUCGAAUUUCUGAUACAUUCAUAUCCAAAGUUUGUGACAGUGGGAAACUUGCCGUGUGAUGCUACAGAGGACAAGGUUGCUUUAGCUGAGCAGCUUUUUGAGAAGGGGAUCAUCCACACUGCACAACCCCUGUAGCGACCAGAUUCUUCAGUCGUGCAUCAUGACCGCAUGAGCAGAUCCAGAUUGCCUUUAUACAAAAUAUGAUCUUUAAUGAAAAACACUUAUUGUCCCAAGUAGAUGUAAUUAGUUGGGUGGUUUUAUGAACUUGUUUCCCGUUCAGCAUCAAUUAAA